GAGUGAGAGCGGAGGUGUUCAGAAGUAGAGCCGCUCCAGUUUGAUUGGAGGAAGUAACACAUCAACAAAGAAAGAUGGCCGAAGUGAUAGAGUUGCAGAAACUGAAGCUUGCUGAGCUGAGGCAGGAGUGUGAGGCCCGAGGUCUGGACUCAAAGGGAAACAAAGGAGAGCUCAUUGCUCGACUGCAAUCCUAUCUUGAGGAGCAUGAGGAAGAUGUGGACGUGGAUGAAGUGCUGGCAGAGGAUACAGAGGACUUCAAUAAAGUUGAGAAUGCCGACAAUGGAAAAGAAGAGAAGAUUCCAGAGUCUACUGAGCCUGAGCUACCCGCUGAUAAGAAGGUGGUGAAGAUAGCUCCUCCAUCAUCUUCCACUGAAAGACUACAAAAGAGGGCAGAACGUUUCAGCAUUCCUGCAACAGCUGAAAGCAAAAAGGCCAUACGUGCAGCAAGGUUUGGUGAAUCCACCGAGAACUCCAGUCCAACUCCAGGUGUCGUUGCGAACAGUAAAGCUCCUGUGAACGUCGAUCAGCUGAAGAAGAGAGCAGAACGAUUUGGCAUAAACGUUUCAUCCGUUACACAAAAGAUUGAAGAGGAUGAAAAGCUGAAAAAGAGGAAGGAGAGAUUUGGGGUCUCAGCCGGUGCAGUUGUCGGUUCAGCCGAAGUUGAGGCAAAGAAAGUGAAGCGUGCUGAAAGAUUUGGAAAAGUGUGAAUAAUGUUUUAGAGCCUAUGUUUUUUUUUUUUUUUUUUUUUUUGUAAAGCAUUUUCAUUGCUGCACAACAGAAAUCCCUGAAGACGACAAAUGUCUCUAAUAGGAUUCCUGUAAAUCAAAGGUAUAAUUAAAUGCAAUGAUAAAUUUGUGAGUUGUAUCAUUAAAUGGUUUGGAAAACAAAAUAAUAGAAAGAAGCUCUCAAUCAUUUAUAAAUCCUCAAUGUCAGUGGCUAAUGUAAAUUAGAAAAACAUUAUCUUCAAACCACCUGUUUAGUAUCUACUGGCGCACCAUUUUCUUAAUCCUGAGAGGCCUUUGAGCGCGUAAUCUUUAAUUUCCGUUACUUUUAAUAAAUGAAUUAGAGGUUUGUUUAUACCACACAUGGCCAGUAUUAGCUAAUGUGUAACAUAGAGGUUUUGUUUUCCCCUCUCUACUAAACACACUGUUCUCUGCUUUCUCAAAGUUUCAAUGAAGUCAAUUUAAGUCUUUAUCCAGCCACUAGUCAAACAGAUCCUGCAGUUGCUUCACAGUAAAAGCAUUCCAGCUGUUUGUAAGGGAGAAGUAGUUAUCCAUGUGUCAGGUGAUGCUUUACUGUCUAACCUUAAAUCAAAAUGGUACAUUAAACCAAUCAAAAUUUCACAAACCAAACAGAAAAUGUGAGCGAAUGAAGCAGGGAAUGCAUUUACUAUGAAGCAGCUGUAGAAGGCAGUCUGAAAGUCUUUGCAUGAUAAAAGAUGUCUUAAAUCGAGUUCCGGACAUGUUGGAGCUUUUUUUGUGGGCGUGUUACUGUGAAUAGACUUUUUGUGGCAAAGCAUCGUAAAUAAGAGCAGGUCAGAAACCAGUGAGGCUCCUACUAGUUGGAUAGAAACAAGAAUAUAAACUAAACUCAAACUGUAUCAACUCCUAGAGUAUGCAAUCUCUUUGUCAUACAAGCAACAAGGAAAAUGGACAAACUUUUGGUUGUUGGAAAAAGGAAAUUGUUCAAUACAUAUCUUCAAAGACCACAAAAAUUCAAAAAAGUAAAUUCUAACAGCAAAAUGAUCUAGUUUACUUUAGUUGAAAGAGUAAAAUGUAAACCAUUUAAUAUUAGUUCAUUGUUAGUAAUGCAAUUAACAAACCUUUUUCUAAUAAUCAAUUACAAUUAUUUAACUCACUUAUUUGUGGUUACGAUAUGUAUUUAAUUGUACUUUUGAUUUUUCAGAUAACCUAUUAUUUUUGUGUUUUCUCUUUGGUGCACUGCUUCAGUUAUCUGUCCAUUUUAUAACAUUUUGUGAUUUAAAAUAAAUUGUUUUCAAC